AUGGAGGAACCUCCGGCUAAUGGCCGUGACAUGUAUGACAUUAUACUGGAGAACUUCGACGUCGAGUUUGAACCAGAAGAGGGGCCUACUAUCAAUGACAACGCUGCCAUUGAGGAGGUCUACCAGGAAGGCAUCGGCGCUAGCAUUGUGCAAGAGUCAGAAGCUUGGGUUGGACCCCCCUUGUCCAUGGCGGUGCAGCUACGCGCGUCUCCAGCGGAACAGACCGUGGCGAAUCGUGGAGCUGUCCGAUCCCGCAGAGCACACAUGCGACCGCCGCAUGCGGGCCCGGUGGUGGCCGGGCUGAAGGUAGGCAUCACGGCGCAGCGAUUCGGCGACUGGUGCGAGUCUUUCCGCUACAUUCCGGCGGUGCAAGAGCGCAUUCGGCGGAUCGACAGAGGAGCAACCGUGGAGCUUCUGACGUACAACCACGAAUUUCUCCGCUUCUUCAUGGCGCCGAGUGCAACACGCGAAGCGCUGAAGACCUGCAGGCCUGUCAUCGCAAUGGACGCGACGUUCCUGAUCCGUGCUCAAAAGGCUACCCUGCUGUACGCCAACGCGAUGGACGGCAAUCAGCAGAUCAUCCCCAUCGCGUGGGCCCUCGUAGAGAGCGAAACCAAGGACACAUGGACGUGGUUUUGCCGUCUCUUUGACAAGCACUGCUCCGACUGGAAGGGACGGGACGACGCGGCCAUCAUCAAUGACCGGGACAAAGGUCUCAUCCCGGCGGUGAAGGAAGUGUUCCCUGAGACUCCGCACUACUUUUGUGGGUGGCACAUGCAGCAGAACGUGAAGCGGUUCGGGAAGACCUCCUCGGACAUGUUGUGGCGGCUUUUGACAGCCCGGACAUUGGAGAAGUACAACGAGCUCAAGGUCGGUGCACGGGAAUCCCAUCCCCUGCUCACGACUUACCUCUACGGUCCGGCGCCUGUUGCCGACGCGGUCGGUCCAAACCCCACUCCACCAGCUGGUUUCCGUAUUCGCCGCCGCAACGUGCAGCAAACACGCCGGACGCGUGCGACCGCCAACAACAUUGCGGCCGAAGCGGCUGAAGCACGGCGUCGUGCUCGCCAGGCACUGUCGCAGCGAAGCGGCCGCCGACAGAGACAGAGCGGCGCAGGACGACCACCUCCGAAUGCCGCGGCGGCGGGGCCGUCCGGAGCGCCCCGGCCGUCCACAGCACCGUCGCCCGCUGCUGCGACCCGCCCCGCCGCUGCACAUGCAUCAUCCGCCACGCCAGGCCCGUCUGCAACGCCAGGGCCGUCCGCAGCGCCCCGCCCUUCCACAGCACCGUCGCCCGCUGCUGCGACCCGCCCAGCAGCGGCACAUGCAUCAUCCGCCACGCCAGGCCCGGCUGCAACGCCAGGGCCGUCCGCAGCGCCCCGCCCUUCCACAGCACCGUCGCCCGCUGCAGCGACCCGCCCAGCCGCAGCACAUGCAUCAUCCGCCACGCCAGGGCCAUCUGCCGCGCCCGGGCCCCCAGCUGCGCCCCUUCCGUCCACGGCACCGUCGCCCGCUUCAGCGACACGCACAUCCGAGGCACAUGCAUCAUCCGAGUCGGCAAGCCCAUCGGCAGCACCAGGGCCGUCCGCAGCGCCACCCCCAUACGCAGCACCGUCCCGCGCUUCUGCGACCCACCCUUCAGCUGCACCAGCAUCUUCCGCAUCGCCAUGUGGACCCGCAGACCCGAUGCCCACCGCAACCCCUCGCCCGGACACUACUAAAGGACCAUCCACAACGCCGUCACCAACCACUCCGUACGACCCAUCUGAUGCAACAGGUGCGUUUGAAUAA